CUCUCUCUCUCUCUCUCUCUCAAAUAUGGCUUUUGUUAUUGUAAAUGCUUUUGUGCUUGUGCAGCUUUCAAUGCUGCUACUGGGCUGCUUCACUGUACUUGGUGAUGAGGUUUAUUCAGUGAGUUGGACUCAGUCCCCUCAUCUUCCACCAAUCUACUCUCCUGUUGAAGCUCCUAAACCCGGCAAGCAUCACCACCCCGGUCACCAUCGUACCAGAAAUCAGCCACCGAGCCACCCACCUCUUCAGCCCCCGAGCCACACACCUCUUCAGCCACCGAGCAAACCGCCGCUUCAGCCUCCCACUCAGCCACCCAGUUAUCCUGUCUCAACCAGGGAGCUUGUAGCUGUGCAAGGUGUUGUUUAUUGCAAGUCCUGCAAGUACACUGGGAUUGAUACCCUCUGGAAAGCUUCACCACUUGCUGGUGCCAUUGUGAGACUACAAUGCAAUAACACCAAGUACCCACUAGUGGUUGAAUCCAAAACAGACAAGAAUGGCUACUUCUUCAUCAUGCCACACGGAGACAAGAAGAAACUCACAACAUAUGGGUCCCACAAGUGCAAAGUCACCAUAGUCUCAUCACCCAUAGCUACCUGCAACAAGCCAACAGAUCUCCAUGCUGGUUACAAGGGUGCCAUCUUGAUUCCAAGCCCUAAACCACCAGUCUCACCAUCACCACACCCACCACCUCCAUUCCAGCUCUUCACUGUUGGGCCUUUUGCUUUUGAACCUCUGAAGCGCUGCUAGAGACCACCAUUGAUAUAUAUACAGUAUUUGAAAUACUGUAGUCUGUGAUUUCUGUUAUAAUUUCUUUGGUUUUAAUGGGCAUAAUUUGGGUAUUUUAAUCUUGUUGUGGGUUUGUUUGUAGCUAAAAAUUAUGUAUGGUGUUGCCUUUGUGAUAAUGAACUGUUACUCUUAGAUUUGCAUUGAAAUGUGAGCGACCACCAAUGAAUGUUAUCAAUUACUCUUUACUUUUUAAACUUUUCUUCAAAAGAAGAAAAGGAAAAAGUAGCUUUAAACAAAAGAAUAUUUGGAUCAUCA